AUGCUGGAGGCCUUAAAAGUCUGCUUGCUAACUUCUAAUAUAUUGGUUAGUUUUAACAAAAGUAUCACAAAUCAUGGAUUUGGGAUAUAAAGGACUGUGCUCACCAUUCCCAGAGUUCUACAAUUCUACUUUGUCCUAUUGUUGUUGUUUAGUCGUUUAGUCGUGUACGACUCUUCAUGACCCCAUGGACCAGAGCACGCCAGGCACCUUGUCCUAUAAGGAGGGCCAAAAAGCAGCAUAAAAAACAUCAGUAUGAAAUUUCUUCAUAAUUUUUCAGGAGAAGCAAACACUUUCCCCAGAGGUUGGAAGUGUUAAUUAUAUGUGGAGGUUUUAAACCUGCAUGCUCUCUCUCCUCAUCCUUCAUCCUCAUCCUGAGGGCCUAAGGGGAUGUGUUGGUAAUGCUUGACUGUUUUGACACAUCAACUGCUUUUGGGCAAGGCUCUCUGGCUCUUCCCCCUCCCCACAAACCCAGAUGUCUGCAUAAAUGCAUCACUUCUUCCAGUGUGUUAGAGAAAAAAGAUUCUGGUCGACACACUGUGGAAAUGCAGGCAUCUGUCUCCUUCUGCAAAUUGCAAAACAGCCCAUAACAGACAACUUACCUGACAGACAGGCCAUAUUUGUUUUGUUUUGUUUGUUUUCCCCUGAUACCUGACUGGUAUCAAACACCUCACUUUCCUUCGUUUUCACUUUGGAGUGCAGGAGCCAUUAGGAAGCAACUCCACUUCUGAACAUUUCUAGACACAGCACAACCUAAAUUGGCAUUGUAUAAAUAUUUUAACCACAUAAUUUCCUGCCCUUGAGUGCCAAUCUGGCAUAUGUCUAGGGUUUACGUAAUACAAAGAUUUAGGCAACCUUCAGAAAAUAUUGUCCACUUUGCUCUCUAAGCAGAUGCUUCAUGAUCACAAAAGCAUUUAAGUCUACAUCUGCCAUUAAGUCAGGUACUGUAUACAGAGGAGAUUAUCUACCAUUUCAAUGCACUGAUUAUUUAGAUGAGUAGCACACUCGUUUGACAGAUGCUGGCUUGUUGAUUUCUUUCCACUUCAAAAGUUUGUUGAGUGACUUGAAAGAAGAUGUGAAACGCUGGGAAAUUUGGAAAGACGUAGGUAAACUCUCCUUGGUUCCUCCUCAGUUCCUCAUAUACAGUGGUACCCCAGGUUAAGUACUUAAUUCGUUCCGGAGGUCCGUACUUAACCUGAAACUGUUCUUAACCUGAAGCACCACUUUAGCUAAUGGGGCCUCCUGCUGCUGCCGUGCCGCCGGAGCACGAUUUCUGUUCUCAUCCUGAAGCAAAGUUCUUAACCUGAAGCACUAUUUCUGGGUUAGCGGAGUCUGUAACCUGAAGCGUAUGUAACCUGAAGUGUAUGUAACCUGAGGUACUACUGUAUCUGCAUUUAGAAAGAACCCUUAAAUUGACUGUGUAGCUAGUGUAGCAUGGGGACUAAGAUACUAAGUUUCAAAUCAGGAAGACUGGUUCAAAGCCUAAUAAUAAUAGUAAUAAUAAUAAUGGCAGCAGCAACAACAACAACGUUAAUUUAUUAUCUAUAUGCUGCCCAUCUUUCUGGGCUGCCCCAGCUAAAUGUGAACAGAAAAAAUUUCUCCUCCAGCCCUACAUCAGCUCCAGAAAGUCUGGCUAAUGGUCUGGGAUUAUGGAAACUGGAGUCCCAAAACAUCUGGAGGGCCACAGGCUCCCCACCCUGGUGUAGUUUUUAUAUCAAAAUGUUAAUUAAUACAUAUUUAAUUUAUAUGCCAAAAUGUUUUGUAAAAAUCCAAGUGGUUUGGUCUAAAAUGUGCUGGCAGAGGCAUUAAAUUCCUUUAGAACAUCUAUUGCUAAUGUCUGGAUUGAAGAGUGGGUUGUAAGCAUAAGGGGGUGGGAUCUAUCUCCUGAUUUCUAGUAUUCUAGUUUGAACAAUCCCUGAAACGAUAGCCUUGUGACAAAAGAAGAAGACCUGUCCUAAAUCCCAGAUGUAUAAGGCAAGGUUAUGGUUACUCAGUGUUGAGGUGCAGAUGGUUAGAGGUACUGUUUAUUUUCACUGAACCCUGGUAUUCAGAACAGGUAAGCUUUGGCGAAUCCUGUUUCAAAUUAAUUCCUGUCUUUGUAGUUUUAAUUGUUGCAUUGUAAAAAUGGCAGAAAGUUCGGUUGGAAAAUUUUCCCCACCCACACUCUAUAUCCAUGAGCAGGGUAUGCAUAUCCAGGGAUGAGUGUGGGAGAGAAUCAGUGAAUUUCUGCAUGAAUAAAGUGCCUCCUUGUGAGAUGGCGUGGUCCCUGCAUGAAACCACUCCUCAAGAAAUUGUCUAUGGAUAUGGUGUUCAAUAAUUUUUUCCUUCCUGCUUGAAUACAGCUGUUAAACUAAAUUCUCCCUCCCCAUUCCCCACCCCCACAAAUUGAUCAGUUCAUAUCCCUUUUCUCUAAAAUGGUGUUUUAGCUCCUUACUCUUCAAUUUCUGUAACGCUCUUUAAAUGAGGUCAUAUAUUGCUGUACUUUUUUUUUAUGUCUCAGUCUGCCAAGCGUCGAUUCAAUAUUUUUCUAACAGAAUUCACACAGAUCAAUUAAGCCAGAGUACUUGGGUUUAAGCCAGCUAAAAUCAAUGAGACCAUAUCAACUUAGAAAUCAAGGAUUUUACUAGAACUGCUCCUUGGAUUUUAGGGAUAGCCAUGUUUUCUCCAAUAGAUGUAAUGAGAACAAAACAAAAAUAAUUUUAAUCCCUAACCAAGCCACUUACUUCUACUUCAGGUACAGAAUCACUUUACCAAGGAUGCUAUCAGUUGCCUACAAUACCCUCUUGUCCAGUUAUUUUACCUAGAUUUCUGAUUAAAAGACACAACAUCUGCACAGGGAAUAAAAUUGCAAUAUUUGCAUUUCCAGGAGAACUUCCCAAUACACUGUUGCCUUCCUUUAAAAAGAACACACAAGCCUAGUGAACUACCAACUAUGCCAGGGGUUCAGUUCCUAGUAUCUCCAGAAAGAGAUACUAGAAACAGAGUCACUACGGAGCUAGAUUGACCAAUUAUCUGACUUAAGGCAGUUUACCAUUUCCCAAAUUAUACAUCAUGAGAUCUAUAUUAUUAUUAUUCACCUUUAUAUCCCACCCUUCUUCCAAGAAGUGGCAUACAUGGGUUACCUCCAUUCCAUCCUGCCAAAAAUACUGCAAGGUACCUAGGGAUAUACAGUUGUGUCUCAGUCUGUUCCAAAAUUCACCCUUAGAGGUUAGGCAGAGAUCUCCCCAUGAGGUGAACCACGAUGAGAAGCCAACUUUCUCCAGUCCAAGUCCCAAACUCUAACCAAACCUUCCCAACCCUAGUAACUUCUAGAUGAUUUGGAUUACAGUUCCCAUCAACACCAGCCAAUAAGGCCAUUAGAGCUGGGCAUUAUGGGAGGUGUAGUCCAAUUUUUUUCAAAGGACAUCUUGUUAGUGAAGGCUGCCAUGAGCACGCUGGCUUUCUGAUGCAGUUAAGUGCAAGGAAUAGUUCUUUUGGCUCCUUGAGCUUCCCAGCUCAAGCAUCUGACUCAAGCAUCUUAGCAAGGAUUCAGCAAUUGGAUGCUAGGGAUAGCCUGAUAAAAAAGUCCAGGUUAAAGCUCCUUGUCUGUGUUUGAAACCCACUCAUUGAAUCUGUUGGCUUUCCCUUUGGUAGAAUCUACACACGUAUAAAAAAGUUGGGGAAAUGCUUUUUAAAAAAAAGUUUUGAAAAAUACCUUGAAUUUGGCAUACCUCACCAUCGGCCUCUCGUGUCACAUUUGUAUAUUUCACUUAAAACAUUUUAUUUGCAGCUGUAUAACUGGGUCCUUUGUCUUGCUGUGCCCUUCUCUGAAGCCUGAUGUUUGACGGUUUACUUUUUAGCUCUCCUCUUCCGCAACCUGUGGCACUGGUGCAGUUCCAUUGGGUACCAUGACAUAUUUAUUUGCUUCAUUAGCCACAGAGUACAUGUAAUGUAGCAGGAAUUCUUCAAGGGAAAUGAAAAUGCUCCAAUUACGAUGAAGAAGCUCUUACUGUCUCUGCAGUUCUUUCUGUUUUAGAACUCCUGUGUUUCUGCACUUUGGUUAUAGAUUGCUCUCUCUGCUGCCAGGUGUACACAUUUCAUAUUCAUUCCUAUCUGUUACAGAGCCUAACGUAUGGUGCCCGCCCUCAGGUUAACAGUUACAAUAUGUACACACAGAAACAGAAUGACAGAAAAGGAAGCUGUUAGAAUAGCCUUUGCUGCAUAACCUGUCAUCCGGAGAUCUGCAUAUUUCUGAAACAAGCAAGUUAAAUGGGAUACAAUCAGGAAGUAUUUAUCCAGCUUUUACCAGGGUCCGAUUUAAUUGGCUAAUUAGGCCUGGGGGAGAAGGGGAAAAAAGAUAAUAGCCUUUCUUCUGUUUGUACUCUGAAUGCUGCAGAAAGUAAUCUUUAACUGUAGAUAAUCCUGAUAUGCAUGGAGAGGGGAGUUCUGAGCUCUUGGCUGUUUGCAGAAAGAGGGGGUGUAGAUUAGGUACAUUCCAUGUUCAAACUGUAAUGUGCCAUUCAAAUUAUUUCCUCAGGCAAUCAAAAGAUCCCACAUCCUGAGGGAAAGAAGAAACAAAAGAUCAACUCGACUGACCGCGAUGCCACAUCCGGAGGAUUGCUUCACAAUCUAUUGCUUGUUAACAUGCCAAAGAAAAUAAUUUAA